UUACUUAAUGAUAUUCCCUUUUUAUUUUUUUGAUAUGGAAGAACUAGAGAUGGGUUUUGAUCAUAUCUUUAUUGUUUACUUAAUGAUAUUCCCUUUUUAUUUUUUGAUAUGGAAGAACUAGAGAAGCAUAAUAAGGGGAAGAAUAAUAAAAGGUCAAGAAAGGAUGGAAAAUACGAAGACGGGGUAAAUAGAAUUAGUAGCCCACACUUUAUUUAAGAAUGAAAGGAAAAUAGCCAUCAGAAGUUGAAAAUUAAAAAUACUGACUGUUUGAAAACGGGAAUUAUUCCGAGAUUUCGUGGAGAAUUUCUCCCAGACGAAGUUGUUCUUGUUGCAACUUAAGCGCAGUGCCUUCAGCUCUUCAGGUGAUGCCAUGUGGGUGGUAGAUGAUUUCUCCUCACAGUGCACUAGUGACCCCAAAAGUAGCACCGGUGUCUAAAAAUUGUGCAUAUCAUCCCGCCUGGGUCCAAAUGUCCCAGUAGCAUUCGCCGCUCUGAAGUUGAAUCCAAGGUGCAAAAGCGAUACAUUAGAAGCUCACUGUUAGAACUUUCCGUACAUCUGUCUACUCCACCACUCGCUAUCUCAACGGGAUCACAUCUACUGUUUAUCAUGAAAUCUCAGCAAGAACACAAGGUUAUAUAUUUCCGCUCCUUGGAAAAUUUCAAGGUAGAUGUUUUCUGUCUAAAGCUGUCAACCUUGUCGAGAUGCUGUCAUAUUGUCGAAAGAAUCGUUAAGUAUCUUGGUUUGAAGGAAUGCCCCAAAAUGAGACUUACAUCUCAUAACCCUUAUGCUGACAAACCUAAUAGUCGACCUGCUAGGCAUUGCGAUAUGUUGUCUGAUAUGUGUAAGACAUCAGAUAUCCUAUAUUAUGAACUCUUGGGCUCCCAUUCAUUGCCAUCACACCUUUCAAGAGCUCUAAACAUCACUUUUGAUCAUGCGACUAAGAAUGAAGUGUUGAUUCGUUGUAUCUCAACUGUGCAUCAUAGAACAGUAAGUGACCUGCUUAAUGAGAUGAAGUCAGAGGUUCAGCAGUUUAAUCCAAGUGCCGAACUUAGAUUGCUUGAAAUUGAUCAUAACAGGAUUUCCAAGAUUUAUCCACUUAAUGAAAAAAUAAAGAACCUGAAAAAUCAAACUUGGCCAUUACGCGCAGAGAGGAUUCCCGAGGAGGAGAAAAACUUGGGUCUGGAUGACAAAAUAAUUCAUGUUUGUCACUUCACCAGAGAACCAUUUCCAGGAAAAAGAAACCAAUUGGAUGUUCGGUAUUUUGGGGAACCCUUUUUCUUGAUCAUUCACAAAGGAGAGACUUUAGCCGAAAUCAAGUUGCGCAUUAAGAAGAAAUUGCAAGUCCCAGACGAUGAGUUCUCCAAGUGGAACUUUGCACAUAGUGGACAUGCUUACUUUCAGGACUCUGACAUAUUAUUUAAGCAUUUCCGAACAACGAUAAAAGAUUUUUAUGCGCUGGAUUCUUCCUCCUUUAAGGAGUAUCUUGGCUUGGAGCACUCUCACAAUUGUUUAAACACAACUUUCGCAACCAAUCAGCUGGAAGAGGAUGAGAUGUUGGUCCAGCAUUCGGGACAUGUUGCUGGUCCACAACUGAUAGAAUCGGGACAGGCACAAUUCCACAAUACAGUGAACUAUCAGACACUCAAGGAUCCUACGUCUACCAGAUUCACGUGGACGGUAGAAAACUUUUCUAGGUUGAACAAUAAAGAACACUACUCUAAUAUUUUCUUGGUUGGUUGCUAUAAAUGGCGGAUUAUGAUUUUUCCGAAGGGAAACAAUGUGGAUCACUUCUCGGUGUACCUGAAUACUGCAGAGUCGUUCAGUCAGUUGUAUGCAGAGUUCAGUUUGGUGGUGGUCAAUCAAACCCAUAAGAAGAACUCGUUGAGAAAAGAUGCACGACACCAAUUCACUCCAGGACAAAGUAGCGGGGGAUUUGCAUCGUUCGUGCCUCUAACUGAACUCAACAAUCCUGAUAAAGGAUAUAUUAUGAAUGAUACUUGUAUAAUUGAAGCUGAGGUGUCCCUCGUCAUACCGAUAAAAAAACAAAGGCUCGGUGUUCCUGUCAUGGAAAGAUCAUGUGAAACUAUUGGAGUUGUAGAGGAAGCCUCUAAAGAAGCACAAAAGGUAGAGCAAGUACCAGAGCCUGCUGCGUCAAAUGCAGGUGUGACUGAUGAACCAUCCACACAGCCAGGAAAAGAUUCUGUGGUGUGUGAGUAUCCGUUGGCUGGUCAAUUAUAUCAAGACGGGAAAUAUAGUCAAUAUAUACUGGAUGGGAAUUUUGAAGACAUUGGAGGAUUCAGUAUCUUGAAGACACAUGCAUCAUUAUACAGACAGAUAUGGCUAAAAUAUGGUCAUAUUGCUUCCAGCCAUGCCCCGCCUUCCUCGUAUUCUGUCCAAGUCUCAUUGGUUACAGAUAUAAUGACAAACAUCAUGGAUAUGUGUCAUUGCCGUCUUUCUGAGAUGUCCUCUUCGAUGGUCGUCAAAUGGGAGAAUAACAUAAAGAUGGCCGAGACACUCCAUUUCAAUGUCAAAUGGCUUCGUGAGCGUUUUGAUGAUGUCAAAAAGGUAUUCUACGAGUUUAAAAAUAAGAGCACAGUUUUAUUGGAGAAGACAGAGGCCUUACAGGCAGCAGAGGCACGGUUAAUGUAUGCAGAGAAUGAGUUGAAAAAGGCACGAGAUAACAUCUCCUUCUUGGAGACUGAGAGAAACGUACUUGGAAAAGGGUGGCCGUUUACCUUUUGAUGGGUUGUUGCUGAAUUUAGCUAAUGCAAAAAUCUGGUGUGUAUCAUGUAUGGUUGUGGAUAGUUUGUACAAAUUAUAAAUAGAGAAAAGUUGGUGAAUGC